CGCGGCGUUCGGGUUGUGUUUACGGUGCUGCUGCUGCUCUGUGCCGUGUCCUGUCAAACCUCUGUGGAAUAAAAACAAAAAAAGUCUUCUGGGGCAAAAGGUGAUUCAGAUCACUAAGUGUCAUUCAUGAGUGCCUCCGGCUCGGUGUAGCAGUCAUGGAUGACAUGGCCUCCGUGGGGAAAAUUAGUGCCUCCUCUGACUCGGUGUCCACUCUGAACAGCGAGGACUUUGUGCUGGUGUCCCGCCUCGGGGACGAGACCCCGUCCACUAAUAACGGCAGUGAUGAUGAAAAGACGGGCCUGAAGGUAAGACCUGUGCCCGAGCUGGAGUUUGUCAAGACACUGGGACCUACAGACACUGACCAUACUGAACAGGUGAUUUCUGAGGAAGGGGUCAGCUUUAAGAUCGUGGGGAACGGCAGUGAGCAGCAGUUGCAGAGAGAGCUUGAGGAUGUUUUGAUGGACCCAUCGGUGGCCGACGUCAAUCCCGGACCGGACCAAGUGGGCAGGGUGGAUCAGGGCUACCCCACCACUGCGGCCCCACCACAAACCUGUUCUGCACUCCCGAAACUGGAGAUAGUGCUGCCUGUCCAGGGAGCUCAGCAGGAUGAGGGCUCGGGGACGAGUCCAGGGACACCGCUGCUGGACGAGGAUAGUGUGGUGUUCAGUAAGCUGACUUACCUAGGCUGUGCAUCAGUUAACGCCCCCCGCAGUGAGGUGGAGGCACUGAGGAUGAUGAGCAUUCUUCGCGGCCAGUGCCAAAUGCCACUCGACGUCACUCUCUCCGUACCCGGAGUCUCAGAGGGAACCGUCAGGUUGUUGGACCCUCAGAGCGGGACAGAGAUCUCUAAUUACCCCAUCUAUAAGAUCCUGUUCUGUGUCCGGGGUCAUGACGGGACACCGGAGAGCGACUGUUUCGCCUUCACAGAGAGCCACUACAACACUGAGAUCUUCCGCAUCCACGUCUUCCGCUGCGAGAUCCAAGAAGCGGUCAGCAGAAUACUCUACAGCUUCGCUACAGCCUUUCGGCGGUCGGCCAAUAAGGCAUCGCUCACAGCUCAGGCUCCGCCCCUCACGCCGGACAGCGACGUGUUCACCUUCACCGUCAGUCUGGAGAUCAAAGAGGAUGAUGGGAAGGGCACCUUCAGCGCCGUUUCCAAGGACAAGGACAGACAGAGCUUCAAGCUUCGUCCUGGGAUGGACAAGAAGAUCGUCAUCUACGUCCAACAGACGUCUAACAAAGAGCUGGCUAUCGAGAGGUGUUUUGGCCUUCUCUUAAGCCCAGGGAAGAACGUGAAGAACAGUGACAUGCACCUGUUAGACCUGGAGUCGAUGGGGAAAAGUUCAGACGGUAAAUCUUACAUCAUUACAGGGAGCUGGAAUCCCAACACUCCUCAAUUUCAGGCCGUCAAUGAGGAGACACCUAAAGAUAAGUUCAUGUACAUGACGACAGCGGUGGACCUCGUGAUCACAGAAGUGGAGGAGCCAGUGCGCUUCCUGUUGGAGACGCGUGUGAGGGUGUGUCCGCCGACCGACAGGCUCUUCUGGCCAUUUAGCAAGCGCAGCUACACCGAGACCUUCUACUUAAAACUGCGACAGCUGGAGAGGAAGAGUAACACAGACACGCUGUACGAGGUGGUGAGUUUGGAGAGCGAAACCGAGAGGGAGAGAAAGAAAACUACGGCGAGUCCCGGCAUCCUGUCCUCCGCGUCACACGGCUCCAUGGCGCCCUCGCCUCCUGAGGAUGACGAGGAGGAAGAUAACGAUGAGCCGCUACUGAGUGGAUCUGGAGAUGUCUCUAAAGAGUGCGCUGAGAAGAUUCUGGAGACCUGGGGAGACCUGCUGUCCAAAUGGCACAUGAACCUGGCCGUCCGCCCAAAACCUCUUCCUGCUCUCGUCCGCAGCGGGGUCCCCGAAGCCCUCAGGGGUGAGGUGUGGCAACUCCUGGCUGGUUGCCAUAACAACGACCAUCAGGUGGAGGAGUACCGCACGCUCAUUACGAAGGAAUCACCUCAGGACAGUGCCAUCACUCGAGACAUUAACCGCACCUUCCCAGCACACGACUACUUUAAGGACACGGGAGGCGACGGUCAGGACUCGCUGUACAAGAUCUGUAAGGCGUACUCGGUGUAUGACGAGGAGAUCGGCUACUGUCAGGGCCAGUCCUUCCUCGCCGCUGUGCUGCUGCUACAUAUGCCAGAGGAGCAGGCGUUUAGCGUUCUGGUGAAGAUCAUGUUUGACUACGGUCUCAGGGAACUCUUCAAACAGAACUUUGAAGACCUACACUGCAAGUUCUUUCAGCUGGAGAGACUUAUGCAGGAAUACAUUCCAGAUUUGUACACACACUUCCUAAGUAUAGGUUUGGAAGCGCACAUGUACGCCUCCCAGUGGUUCCUCACGCUCUUUACAGCCAAGUUUCCUCUCUACAUGGUGUUUCACAUCAUCGACCUGCUGCUGUGUGAGGGGAUCAGUGUCAUAUUUAAUGUAGCUCUGGCAUUACU